AAAAUGAACUUAAUUAUUAGGAGAAUUCUAAUCCAAAUUUGUUGAGAAAUUUCUCACACGUCACAGACAACAUAAAAAAGCUUCCAUAGACUCUUCAAUGGCGGCUUCUUUAAGUUCUUCUUCUUUCUCCACUAACAUUUGAAUUUCUCCCUCUAAAGUCCAUAUCCUUAACCCACGCUCACCAUUUCCCUUCGACUUUUCCAGUUUUCCCACUCCUAAACCGCGUUUCCCCUAAACUUCAAUCCCCCCGUUGAUAAUACCCCAACAAAACCUUCCUAUUUCCAACAAUACAAACACAACAAUAAUGGCUUCCCCACCUACAAGAACCAUACUUUUCACACUACUCGUUUUCUCCGCCAUCGCCACCCUUUCCCUUGCUCAAACACCACCGCGCUUCAACUGCAGCUCCACCUCCAAAUGCCACUCUCUGAUCGACUACAUUUCCCCAAACGCCACCACCAUUGGCGCCGUGCAGAAACUCUUCCAGGUCAAACACCUCCUCUCCCUCCUUGGCGCCAACAACCUUCCGGCCAACACCUUGUCGAAUUUUUCCUUACCGGCCUCUCGUAAGAUCAAGAUUCCAUUCAACUGCAAGUGCAACAACGGGACUGGUCUCUCUGAUAAACGUCCGAUUUAUACAGUCCAAAGCGGUGAUUCGCUCGACAAAAUCGCGGAAGUCACUUUCGCGAGACUCGUCACGUUCCUUCAAAUUCAGAUUGCGAAUGAAAUUCCUGAUCCACGUAAAAUUGACGUAGGGCAAGAGCUGUGGAUUCCGCUGCCGUGUAGCUGCGAUGAAGUGGAUGGAAACAGAGUCGUUCAUUACGGACAUUUGGUGGAAAUGGGAAGCUCCAUUUCGGCGAUUGCCGGAAGGUAUAAUGUGUCGGAGGAGACGAUAUUGAAGCUGAAUGGAAUUGCAGAUCCAAAAGGUCUUCAAGCUUCACAAGUUCUUGACAUUCCUCUUAAAGCUUGUUCAUCAGUGAUCAGGCAAGACUCUUUAGACUUCCCGUUCCUUCUCUCGAACGAUACGUACGAUUACACGGCGAACAACUGUGUGUUGUGUCAGUGUGAUGCUGCAAAAAACUGGAUUCUUGACUGUAAGCCAUCACCGUUGAAGCCAUCCUCAGUGAAAUCAUCUAAUUGGUCAUCAUGCCCAACCAUGGCAUGUGAAGGUAGCAAUUUACUCCUUGGUAACUCAACAGCUUCUGAUUGCAACACCACUACUUGUGCCUAUGCUGGCUUCUCUAAGCAAACCAUCUUCACUAAUAUUUCCACUCUCAACACUUGCCCUGGACCUUCAGAUAAUGGAAACGGCGCUUCGAGGACAGGUUCACAAGGUCUGAACUUGGCCUAUCUCGUCGCCAUUACACACGUUCUGGCUCUUAGUCUUCUCCUCAUUCAGUAAGAAAAGUAUAAUUCCCUUCUUAUAUGUUGUUAUAGAGAGAUAAUCACAAUGUACGUAGAUUCUUGUUGUUCUAUAUUUAUCACAAAAUAGCCAUCUUUUAGUUUUCUUUUCUCUCUCCCCCCCCUUUCUUUUCUAGCGUUAAUAAGUCAAGUUUCAAUAAAUCUCUUCGUGGCACGACAUCAUGGGAAUGGAUGAACUGGAUUAGAAGAGAUAUAUGAGAUGGGAUGUGAAUUUGAUUUUGAUCUAUAAUGUCUUGAACAGUUUGAAGUGCUGUUGAUGAUUGUAAUAAUUUGUUGUGCCAUCAGUCUGUGGUAAUAAUCUUGUUGUAGUAAUAACAAUGAGGCUUCGGCCUUGCUUUAAUUCAUUUGCCUCUACUUCAAGAAUUAGCAUUUUUC